AUUGUUAUUGAUUGAGUAAAUAUUUGUAAGCAACGUUAGGUGAUUAUCGUAAACGAGUGUGUUUUGUUCAAUCUUUUAUCGAACUGAAUUACUUGCUUAUCCUUAUACCGGAUACUGCUACCAGGGCUCCACUUAUAGGAAAUUUCCAAUAUUGUCGCAUCUUUUGCUUGAGCAAAGAUGAUGCAGAGAGUUCAUUAUUUCUGCAUAAGAGAAGAGUGAAUCCCCAAACGAAACGAAUUUAUAUUUAGCUUGUUCUGAUCGGUUAAGCUAAAGGUUUUUCUCACAAAUUUUACUCAACCAUUGAGCCAAAUUAUUGUACGCCGGAAUUACACUUAUUGGAAGGUGAGUGAUGGCAGAUCAACCAGACAGCAGCAUACAGUGGCCUCCUGCUCGUUCGAUGAAUGAUUUUCUGCUGGAUUGGGCUCGCUUCGAACUUCCCGAGGAUCGUAGGCAAUUGGGAGACAGAUUCGUGAAGAAUCUGCUGUACUAUCAGACCAAUUACUUUCUAAUGGGUGUGGCCAUUAUUGUUUUGAUUGGAUUAUUUCGUCCAUAUGAGAUCGUCCCUGCCGUAUGCGUUAUCAUGGUUGCGCUAUACGUGCUACGCUAUUGUGCCGCCGAAGCAAGCCGUCCGUACGUUGAUAUUGCUGAUAAGCCAUUCGACAUGUGGGUCGCGCUGGGAUUAGUACUUCUUUGCAUUUAUGUGGCACUGCCGCUCGAAGCUAUUCUGACAAUGGUUUUCGCUCUAUAUCUUCCAUUCCCAUUAAUGUUUAUUCACGCUUUGCUGCGGGUUCCCAUUAUCGAAAAUGGGACUACUAACACCAUCGAAAUGGCUGGGGUAGAGUAAAACUCCAAUGGGACGAUUUUUAGAUUUAUAUAUUUUUAUAGGUUUUGGAAGCGUCUGGAGGGUAAAUGAUUUUUGUCAUGAGAAGUAGUACCAAAAUUACCAUUUUCAAAAAGACGGAUUCGUAGAUUUCUCUGUCAAGUAGUCACUAUACAAAGGACUUAUUUACGUUUCAAUUAAAAAACCCUUUUAAUUUCAUGAAUUAUAAGUGCAUGUCACAGUUGACCACUGAAAUAAUUGUUUUGAAAAUUUUAUUGCUGAUU